AAAAAGGAAACUGUUUGUGUCCUUAAGGGGUUAAAGAACUCUGUUAUGCUAAAAAAUUUCAUAAACUAAAAAAAAUCCAAAGACCCUUCAUACGGUGAUCUGCUGAUUCUUCAAUAAUACAAUCUAUUCAGCCAUAUAUUUGGCAUAUAGCCAUGGCAGGUCUAGGAUCCUUCGCUAGGCCCCAGGUUGCCCUGGUAACCCAUUGGCUCCAUGUGACCAUUAUCUUGUUCUGGCCAUUGCAUCGGGAUGUUAUCUGUACAUUACAGCCGCCAUCAUCUCCUGAUACCAUGGACACCUCUCCUGCCACAUAACUGUAUGUCCUCAUGUGGGAAGAUAGUCCGAACUACAGCGUAUAGUUACAUCAUGGUGCGGGAAGGGGUUAAGAUCUUCACUAUGAUCUAUCUGCUCCCAACCUGACCGUCCCUUAUAUCCUCCCCCCUUUACCUGCCCCCCAAACCGGCCUUCACUGUUUACUUAGAAACUCCUCUCCUCUCCACAUCUGAGACCCCUUCCCCCACCAAACACCUUCCUAGACUGUAUGGCGAUACUGACCAUGUGGUGUCCGCCAUCUUAUCUCUCCUCUGACCUGAGUCCUAAGAUCGUGUUUAUAUGGGAUUUUAUACUGGAUCCUCUUCUUCCCUUCAGGUUCCUCCAACCCAGGAUCCUCUGCUGAUAUCUUCUAUAUAAGAGAAGUUUCCUGAUCAACCAUGGAGAGAGACAGGAACAAGAUGGCCGACAGGAUAAUAGACCUCACCCUACAGAUACUCUUCCGGCUUACUGGAGAGGAUUACACAGUAGUGAAGAAGUCCUCUAGUAGGUGCUGUCAGGCCCCUGUGUGUGAAGGAUGGGGAAGAACCCUGAGCCCAAUCCCGGGGCCCCCACCUCACUCCCUGAUACACGAGGAAAUGGAUGAACAGAAGAUCCUAGAACUCAUCAACAAGAUGAUGGAGCUGCUGACUGGAGAGCUUAUGAUUCAGGGAGAAGAUCUGAACAAUAGCAAAGAUACAGAAAUAGGAGUAAAAAAAGAAGAGACAGAUGUGAUCAGUGAUGAGCAGUAUAAGGAGGACAUUCCUACAGAGAAAGAUCUGAACUCUAUUAAUGCUACAGACAUAAAGGUAAAAGAAAGAGAAGAAGAGACAGAUGUGAGCGGUGAUGAACAGUAUAAGGAGGACAUUCCUACAGGGAAAGAUCUGAUCUAUAAUAAUGCUACAGACAUAAAGGUAAAAGAAAGAGAAGAAGAAACAGAUGUGAGCGGUGAUGAGCAGUAUAAGGAGGACAUUCCUACAGGGAAAGAUCUGAUCAAUAUUAAUGCUGCAGACAUAAAGGAAGAAGAAGAGACAGAUGUGAGCGGUGAUGAGCAGUAUAAGGAGGACAUUCCUACAGAUGACUGUACCAGGAGAUCAGAGGAGAAUCUUAUAUCUUCAGAUUAUAAAGCAGAUGAUGAUAUCACACAAGAUACAUAUGAAGAACAUUCCAUUAUCCCAGAUACACCCUCAGCCCUUCACAGCCAAGAUCUGUCAUCUCAUCCUGUUAUACCCGUCCUGUCUUCUGAUCCACCACAGACUGUCAAGAUAAAUAAAAGCCACAGAAGGGUUGUUGGACAUCAAAAAGCUCAUAUAGGAAAGAAGCCAUUUUCAUGUUCAGAAUGUGGAAAAUGUUUUUAUCUGAAAUCAAAACUUAUAAAUCAUCAAAAAAUUCACAAAGGAGAUAAGCAGUUUUCAUGUCUGGAAUGUGGGAAAUGUUUUAAAAUGAAAUCAAAUUUUAUGGCACAUCUUAAAACUCACACAGGGGAGAAGCCAUUUCCAUGCCAAGAAUGUGGAAAAUGUUUUAGUCGAAAAUCAAAUCUUGCUGAACAUCAGAAAACUCACACAGGAGAGAAGCCAUUUUCAUGUUCAGAAUGUGGGAAAUGUUUUACUAUGAAUUCAUUUCUUUUUAGACAUAAAAGAAUUCACACAGGAGAGAAGCCAUUUUCAUGUCCAGAAUGUGGGAAGUGUUUUUCUGUGAAAUCAAAUUUUGUGGCACAUCGCAAAACUCACACAGGAGAGAAGCCAUUUCAAUGCCCGGAAUGCAAGAGAUACUUUACUACAAAAUCAGUUCUUGUUAAACAUCGAAGAGUUCACUUAAGGGAGAAGCCAUUUGCAUGCCCGGAAUGUGAGAAAAGUUUUAUUCAAAAAUCAAAUCUCGUUGAACAUCUAAAAAUUCACACAGGAGAGAAGCCAUUUUCAUGUUCAGAAUGUGGGAAAUGUUUUACUCAGAAAUCAAUUCGUAAUAGGCAUCAAAGAAUUCACACAAGAGAGAAGCCAUUUUCAUGCCCAGAAUGUGAGAAAUGUUUUAGUCAAAAAUCACAUCUAUUUUAUCAUCAAAAAAUUCACACAGGGGAGAAGCUAUUUUCAUGUUCAGAAUGCGAGAAAUGUUUUACCCGAAAAUCAGAUCUUGUUAAACAUCAUAGAAUUCACACAGGAGAGAAGCCAUUUUUAUGUUCUGAAUGUGGGAAAUAUUUUGCGCAGAAAUCAAUUCUUCGUUAUCAUAAAAAAAAAUCUCACACAGGGGAGAAGCCAUUUUAAUGCUCAAAAUGCAGGAAAGGUUUAACUUGAAAAACAAAUCUUGAGGAACAUCAAAUAAUUCACGCAAGAGAGAAACCAUUUCCGUGUGCAGAAUGUGGGAAAUGUUUUACUCGGACAAAAGUUCAUACAAAAGUACAUAGUGUUUCUUCUAAAUAAAGUGCAUGAUUAUGUGUAUUAAAAUAAAAAAAUAAAAAGGGCUUGAAUAUU